UUUUGGAGUUGAAACUACGAGGGCGAUGAACGCGCGCUCGCCUCUGAGGACGAGGCUCAGGAGGAGUCGUGUCGUCUUCUUCGUCUCCGGUUUGCUGUUGUGUGUCUUCUACACGUUGACCCUGAAUGUCAAGCCGUCACGCAGAGCGGAUGGCGGUGAUGUUAUGGAGGUCAGCAUUAGGGAGGUCAACGUGACUGAGCAGGAGGUUGAUGCUUCACCCGAUGGCACCAAACCUUCGCUAGUGUUGAUUGUCAACAGGACCGAUAUUGAACAAUGUAUCUAUGUGGAUCCUCAGCCUCCCAAAGUCCCUCCAACUGCACCGCCGGCAUCAAUCACCACGGCUCCACCUUUCCAAUCCCCACACCAGAAGGGCGAGUAUCCCCAGGACAUCUUUUCAGUGGAGCAGCGCCGACAAGGCUGGGUGAUCCUGCACAUCAUAGGUAUGACCUACAUGUUUGUUGCCUUGGCUAUCGUUUGUGAUGAGUUCUUUGUUCCCGCGCUGGAGGUCAUCACUAACAAACUGAACAUUUCUGAUGAUGUCGCCGGGGCCACCUUCAUGGCGGCUGGAGGCUCGGCCCCUGAACUCUUCACCUCCCUGAUUGGUGUGUUCAUCGCCCACAGCAACGUGGGCAUUGGCACUAUCGUGGGAUCGGCAGUCUUCAACAUCUUGUUUGUGAUUGGCAUGUGUGCCAUCUUCUCGCGGGAGAUGUUGAACCUAACCUGGUGGCCGUUGUUCCGGGAUGUCACCUUCUACAUCGUGCACCUGAUCAUGCUCAUUGUGUUCUUCGUGGACAACAUGAUUCUGUGGUGGGAGAGCAUCCUGCUGGUGCUCGGCUACGUUGGCUACGUCAGCUUCAUGAAGUUCAACAGUAAGAUCGAGCAGAUGGUCAAGACGUGGCUCAACAAGCACAUGAGCAUCGUCAAAGUGUGGACAGCCGAGGAGCCAGAGAAGGAGAGAGAAGCUCCAACUCCUCCAGUUCCUCCUGCUCCAGUUCCUCCUGCUCCACCUCCCGAAAACAAACCAGAACCUGCACCACACCCUGGCAGCCCUCAGCACAGCAAAACACCGUCAGAAUCACAGGACAACAAAAUGAAACUGAGGGUGCGUCCCACCCUGCAGCGAGGGGGCAGCACAGCCUCCCUCCACAACACGUCCCUGAGGAGCACCAUCUUCCAGCUGAUGAUCCACACGUUGGAGCCUCUGGGAGAAGACAGAGAACUCAGAGAUGCUUUAACGGUGAUGUCAGAGGGGAGGGGUCAGUGCAGAGGAAAGCAUAAGUCCAGUACUAUUCGUGCCAGACUCUUCAAAUUCACAGUGAUGAACAAAGUAAAGCCUCUGAACGUCUCCGUCACAGAGAAAUCAGACCGCAAGUCACAGCGCCGACACUCUGAAGUUUCUGGCUUUGUGUUCUUCCCUCUUCUUUUAGAUGGUGAGCUCAAGCCAAAGGCUGAGCAGACAAGUGAUUCUACUGGUCCACCAGGGGGCGCUGCUGCUGAGGCCUCCACCUCACAGCCUCCAAAAAAUGAUGAGAAAACUGAAAAACCUGCUGACCAGGCAGAAACAACAAAGCCAUCAGGUUCCGAGAGCUCAGGCGACAACACUGAGGAUGAGAGUGGCGAUGAGGGAAGCAGUGACUCGAGCAGGAGUGGCGGUGAUGACGAGAAUGGGGAGGAAAAGGAAAAGGAUGAGGAAGAAGAGGAGAAUGAGCCGCUGUCUUUAGAUUGGCCAGAAACCAGUCGCAAGCAGGCCACCUACCUCUUCCUGCUGCCCAUCAUGUUUCCGUUAUGGCUCACGUUACCUGAUGUCCGUAAUCCUGCAUCUAAGAGGUACUUUGCCAUCACGUUUAUUGGCUCCAUCCUGUGGAUUGCAGUGUUCUCCUACCUGAUGGUGUGGUGGGCUCAUCAGGUGGGUGAAACUGUGGGCAUUUCAGAAGAAAUCAUGGGGCUGACCAUUCUGGCUGCAGGGACAUCCAUACCCGACCUCAUCACCAGUGUGAUUGUAGCCCGCAAAGGCCUCGGCGACAUGGCCGUGUCCAGCUCAGUGGGCAGCAACAUCUUUGACAUCACUGUCGGCUUGCCAAUUCCAUGGCUCAUUUACACACUGAUCCAUAACGGCGAGCCGGUAACUGUCAGCUCCAAUGGCCUGUUCUGCGCCAUCGUGCUUCUCUUUCUCAUGUUGCUCUUCGUUAUUAUCGCCAUCGCCGCCUGUCGCUGGAGGAUGAGCAGGAAGUUGGGCCUUACCAUGUUUGUACUGUACUUUGUUUUCCUCAUCCUCAGCGUCCUGCUGGAAGAGCGAAUUCUCAUCUGCCCCGUUUCCAUCUGAGGUGACACGAAAAAUGCAGGAAUAGCGACCGGACUGUGUUCGACGGUAAAAGCUUCAUGUCAGAAGGUUGACCUGCCACAUGGUUAGAGGCGUGUGGUUGAGCCCACAUUUUCUUACAGCAUAGACUUCUGGUACUUAUGAUUAGCAUCAACCUGUCAUGAUUGAUGUACAACUUUUCAUACAAUUUACAAAGGCAGGAAUGGAGUC